UUGAGGGGUGAAUAAUAAAUGUUGUCAUUGGCCUGUCAACUUCGAAACGAAUCAGAGCAGUCUUACAAAAAAAAGAUCUGGACGGGAAAAGGCACAUUUUUGCAAUCAUGUCGGCAUCUAAUAUUUUGGGAACUCCGGCCGUGAAACAAGUCUUAACCCGACUUCACAAGUCUGAACACGAGGAAAACCAGUUAUCAGAGAAGAUUCAGAAGAAUUGCGUCCAAUUCGACCAUUCCAAAACGGGCGCCCUGACUGAGGACGAAUUUUUCAAUGUUAUAAAAACUCAAAACAAAAUUCCGAUCGAGAAGGAUGAGCUGAAAACCAUCCUAGAACCCCUUCCGAGGACCAAAGAGGGCAAGAUCAAGAUCACUGACUUCUUUUCCAUCGAUAUUCACUCUCCAUCGGCCUUUAAUACCCUGGACCGAAAUAAAGAUGGUUUCAUCUCCAAAGGUGAGUUGAAAUUAUCCAAGAAGAGCGUUCCGCUCAAGGAUAUUGAGCAAUGCAUCAAAGACAAUGACCUCGACAAGGACGGCGUGCUCAAUUUGGAUGAGUUUCAAAAGUCGGGCGAAACAGCCAGGAAGAAAUGAAGCUUGGAAUUGGAAUCUCAUUUUUGUCUUUUUCUCUUUCCUCUCGCUUUACCAUUGAAAGUAUUUGAAACCAGUAUUUCUUUUGAUCCAGCCAACCACAUUUCAAAUAAAUUCUCAUCUCCAAUGAGCAUCUAUUAGGGAA